AGUGUCUACCUUUGACUGUACAAACUCAAAACUAUUUUGUACAAACAUUUUUUUUUCUGGGAUUUAGCAAUCCUGUGAAUCACUAAACUAAUAUUUAGUUGUAUGACCACAGUUUUUUUUAAAACUGCUUGACAUCUGUGUGGCAUGGAGCCAACCAACUUGUGGCACCUCUCAGCUGUUAUUCCACUCCAUGAUUCUUUAACAACAUUCCACAAUUCAUUCACAUUUCUUGGAUUUGCUUCAGAAAAGCAUUUUUGAUAUCACCCCACAAGUUCUUAAUUGGAUUAAGGUCUGGAGAUUGGGCUGGCCACUCCAUAACAUUAAUUUUGUUGGUUUGGAACCAAGACUUUGCCCGUUUACUAGUGUGUUUUGGGUCAUUGUCUUGUUGAAACAACCAUUUCAAGGGCAUGUCCUCUUCAGCAUAGGGCAACAUGACCUCUUUAAGUAUUUUAACAUAUGCAAACUGAUCCAUGAUCCCUGGUAUGCGAUAAAUAAGCCCAACACCAUAGUAGGAGAAACAUGCCCAUAUCAUGAUGCUUGCACCUCCGUACUUCACUGUCUUCACUGUGUACUGUGGCUUGAAUUCAGAGUUUGGGGGUCGUCUCACAAACUGCCUGUGGCCCUUGGACCCAAAAAGAACAAUUUUACUCUCAUCAGUCCACAAAAUGUUCCUUCAUUUCUCUUUAGGCCAGUUGAUGUGUUCUUUGGCAAAUUGUAACCUCUUCUGCACAUGCCUUUUUUUUUAACAGAGGGACUUUGCGGGGGAUUCUUGAAAAUAGAUUAGCUUCACACAGACGUCUUCUAACUGUCACAGUACUUACAGGUAACUCCAGACUGUCUUUGAUCAUCCUGGAGGUGAUCAUUGGCUGAGCCUUUGCCAUUCUGGUUAUUCUUCUAUCCAUUUUGAUGGUUGUCUUCCGUUUUCUUCCACGUCUCUCUGGUUUUGCUCUCUAUUUUAAGGCAUUGGAGAUCAUUUUAGCUAAACAGCCUAUCAUUUUUUGCACCUCUUUAUAGUUUUUCCCCUCUCCAAUCAACUUUUUAAUCAAAGUACGCUGUUCUUUUGAACAAUGUCUUGAAUGACCGAUUUUCCUCAGCUUUCAAAUGCAUGUUCAACAAGUGUUGGCUUCAUCCUUAAAUAGGGGCCACCUGAUUCACACCUGUUUCUUCACAAAAUUGAUGACCUCAGUGAUUGAAUGCCACACUGCUAUUUUUUUGAACACACCCCUUUCAACUAAUUCAACUAAUUGCCCAAUUGCACAGCCUUAAGAGCGUGCAUAUCAUGAAUGCUGGGUCUCAUUUGUUUUCUGAGAAUCUACUGAACCUACUGGUAACUUGUUUGCCACGUAGCAAUAAAAAAUAUACUAAAAACCUUGAUUAUUCUGGUUAGUCACAUUGUACUGCUAUUAUUUUGAACAAUACUGUACCUCCAGCUCUGUCAUUUGCUUGCUCCUCACCUAAUGAAGAAAGACACUCAUCUAAGAAAGGCUGUCAGUGUCCAGAAGAGAGUGGCUGUUGCGUUGUGGCGGUUAGGUACACAGGUAGAAUACCGAACCAUAGCUCAUCUUUUUGAUUUAGGAAGAUCAACGGUGCAUGCAAUCACACGGGAGUUCUGCAAAGCUGUCUGCCAACAUUUACAACCCAUUUUUGUGUGCCUCCCAAAUGCCAAUGAGUCUGAGCAAAUAGUAGAUUAUUUUCUCCAUCAGUGGGGAUUUCCACAAGUAGUUGGCUGUCUGGAUGGUACACACAUAAAAAUAGAUCCCCCUGAUGGCCCCAAUGCAACGGCCUACUAUAACCGAAAAGGGUUUUACUUCAUCGUCAUGCAGGCAGUAGUUGACCACAAAGGAAUAUUCAGGGACGUGUGCAUAAGCUGGCCAGGUUGUGUGCAUGAUGCCCGAGUGUUUGCAAACUCCGGAUUGUACAGAAAGGCACAGAGGGGCACUCUGUUUCCACCCAUCCCUUCAAAACGCAUUGAAGGCGUCGACAUCCCGUUAUUAAUAUUAGCUGAUCCAGCAUAUCCCCUACUAAGUUGGAUACAGAAGCCAUAUUCAGACAAUGGUCACUUGACAGAUGCUCAGAGGCACUUUAAUUUUAAAUUAAGCCAAAGCAGGAUGGCAGUAGAGAUGGCUUUUGGAAGACUUAAAAGGUGGAGAAGCCUUGCACACAGAUGCGAGCACACCAUCAAAGCAAUCUGUCGCGUGGUGUUAACUUGUGCUGUUUUGCACAAUUUCUGUGAACGAGCGGGCGAAACCGUACCUUUGGAAGACAACAUCACUGAAACGCAUCAACAGGACGUCGACGAAGUUGACCCAGAGGCUAGAGAGGAAGCACAGGCUAUCCGACUUGCACUGACACAACAUCUCGCGGGAGUUUGUUAGGGCCCUCAUAAGAGACAUCCUGCACUCCCUUUCCUGCCGUUCCUCUUCAUCCCUAAGUUGUUCCCUCCUCAUCAAUUCUUCGAACUCUUUUGAGGAAGCACUCAUGAACCUUUGGCCCCAUUCA